ACUGUUCAACUGCACUGACAAACAGCUGUUAGUUUCUGACAAAUUCUGAUUGGAAUGCAGCAAAAGCUGUAAAAUUGUACAAUUUGUGAUAAUAAACAAAUUUCUAAUAAUAAAAACAAAAUCGCGCACACAAAUUCAUUGAAAAUUUGUUAAAUAUAUGAGCAUGACUGCGACAGAGUCCAAUAUAACCGAACAGUUGGACAAUGAAGAAGUGCGUGAAAUACUCAAGAAUACCACAGACCUACGCCAGUAUUCGCGUCAAAUUGAGAAGGAAUUCAAAGAUGUGGAAAACAAAUCUAUUGAAGACUACAUUGCGGAAUCGCAAAAUAUAGCAAGUCUACACAAUCAGAUUGGUGAAUGUGAUGAUGUGUUGGAGCGCAUGGAAACGAUGCUAAUGAAUUUCCAAAGUGUACUCAGCAAUAUAAGCAGUGAAAUAACGCAGCUGCAGAAAAAGUCGGUGGCAAUGUCGGUGCAGCUAACAAAUCGACAAUCGGUGAAGGCGCAGCUAUCACAAUUCAUCGAGGAUAUGGCUGUAUCGGAGGAGAUGAUCGCAAUUAUAAUGGAAACACCAGUGACGGAAAAAGACUUUGGUACACAAUUGAAUGUGCUGAAUCAUAAACUUUCGCUUGUAAAAGAGUUGAGUUUCAAAGAGUCCAAAUCGACGGGUGAUGUUAGUGAUGUUUUGCAUAAACUGCGCUUGAAGGCAAUGUCCAAAAUAAGAAACUAUUUGCUAGAGCAAAUCUACAAAUUCCGCAAACCAAUGACCAAUUAUCAAAUACCACAAAAUGCUAUGCUGAAGCAUAAAUUCUUUUUCGAAUUCAUAUUGUCGAAUGAGCGACAAGUGGCGCAAGAGAUUUGCAGCGAGUACAUCGAUACGAUGAGUAAAAUCUAUUAUAGCUAUUUUAAGAGUUACUCCUCACGUUUGACUAGUUUGAAAUUUGAGGAAUCUUGCACUAAAGAUGAUCUUAUGGGUAUAGAGGAUAAUGUCUCCAAAGGUUUAUUCUCCAAAACAACUAGUCUAAAACAUAAAAGCACAAUUUUUACCAUUGGCAAACGUGGCGAAAUCUUAAAUCAACAAUUGGAAGCGCCUAUAAUCGUGCCGCAUGCGCAGUUGAAGAAUAGGUACACAUUCGAAGCGUUAUUCCGUUCCGAACAAUAUGCGCUCGUGGACAAUGCUUGUCGUGAGUAUUUAUUUGUUACGGAAUUCUUUAUGGUGCGUGGCACGCAAGCGCAAGAUCUCUUCAAUCAGAUUAUGGGCAAGACGCUAACUUUAAUGAUUAAAAAUUUAGAGACCAAUAUACAGGACUGCUUCGACACCAUAGCAAUGUUUCUUUGCAUACAAUUAAUAUUCCGUUAUCAACUAAUGUGUCACAAACGCUGCGUACCCGCUUUGGAUAAGUACUGGGACUCACUCCAAGCUGCCAUUUGGCCACGUUUUGAUCAUGUGUUCCGUUUGAAUAUACAAAGCAUACGUGAUUGUGAUCCCACGAAAUUUAGCAAGGAAAUGGGUCCUCAUUAUAUCACGCGUCGCUAUGCUGAAUUUUCCGCUGCUAUUGUAGGCAUUUCGGAGCAUUUCCCCAACGAGCUGGUCAGCCGUUUAUUACUCGAACUACAGAAUGAGGUAGAAUGCUUUAUACUUCGUAUGGCCGCCAUAUUUCCCACACGCAAAGAACAAUUGAUCUAUCUCAUAAACAAUUACGAUCUGGUGCUUGGUGUACUCAUGGAGCAUACACGCGACAACUCGAAAGAAGCUGAAUCAUUUCGUGAACAGCUGAAUGCACGCAGCGCUGAGUAUGUUGAAGAAAUCUUAGCGCCACACUUUGGUGGCAUUAUACAAUUCGUGAAAGAGUGUGAGCACUACUUCGAAAAGGAACAAAUGGAUGAGCUGCGCAAGCAAGAGCGCCGCAGUCUUGCAUUAGUCGCUAGCUUCUCCGCGAAUUGGAAGAAGUCACUGGAGGAGUUGAAUCGCGAAGUAUUACUCUCAUUCCCAUCACUUUUAACAGGCUCUCAGUUGUUACAACUUGCUUUGGCGAGUCUUGUGCAAUACUAUCAUCGUUUCCAUAAGUUGUUAACACCAAAUGCGCGCACACAAUUGACCAACAUACAUGUAGUAAUGGUGGAAAUUAAAAAAUAUAAAAGUAAUUAUUAAUUUAUGCAACGCACACACACGUGAAUUAAUCGGUGAAAGUCAAAUAAAACAUUCCAAAAUAGUUAAUUAAAUUUUUACGUAAA